UGUGUUUGUUGUCAAAAAGGAAAUAUUGGUCGAGACACAAAUAGAAUAGUUUAUUUUUGGAUUGCGACCGAAUUUGUUCAUUAUUUUUAAUUAGGCGCAUGCAAAUUUGCAGCAGCACCACCAAAUCUGUAAGGAACAGUGUGAAUUUUUUUCUCUCGUCAAAAUUACAUCGCAUAUUUGAACAAUAGAAUGACAUCAUUGAAAAUGAUACAAUUUGAUAGGCAAGAAUUGGAAUUAAUCAUUCAUUGGAAGGAUGUGACAAAGUCGAGCGUUGCUUUCGGUGCGGGUAUUGUGGUGUUGAUUGCGAUCUCAUCAUAUAGCAUUAUCAGUUUGUUUGCUUAUAUGGCGCUGCUCACACUGCUCGGAACUGUGUCAUUUCGUGUAUACAAAACCGUUCAGUCGAUCAUUCAGAAGACAAACGAUGGCCAUCCAUUCAAAUCUUAUUUAGAGGCGAAUAUCAUUUUGUCCAAGGAGAAAAUUGAACCGAUAUGUGGCGUUUGUAUUGAUCAUUUAAAUGCAUUAUUUGUGGAAGUUCGACGAUUGGUGUUGGUUGAGGAUUAUGUUGACACCACCAAAUUUGCCAUUUUAUUGUGGAUUUCAACUUACAUUGGCGCUUGGUUCAAUGGUUAUUGCUUAGCAGCAAUUGCAUGGAUCGGACUAUUUACUUUGCCAAAAUUCUACGAAAAUAACCGAGAUGUCAUUGAUAAGAAUUUGGUGUUGAUCAAAGCCAAGAUCUCUGACACAGUAUCAAAAAUCAAGGGUGCCCAACCAAAGAAAGACCAGUAAGAGAUGGUCGAGCCGGCAGAGUAUUAGACGAAGACCUUUUGAAUCGAAUGUAGUAUUCUGUAGUAAAUGAUUGGAAUGAAUUGCGGAUAGACAUUAAAUCCAUCUUCAAUGACACCAUCAAACAGCGUUGACAAACAGUCAAUGUGAACAGAGCACCAAAGCUGUAGAAUAAUGUUAUAAUUGAAUAAAUUCUUUGCAAAUUCACUCUCUCUCUCCUUGAUGUCUAUGUCGCUCUGGGUAAAUCGGCGUAACUGUGACGAUCAUUUUCCAAUGCUUUGCUAACUUUUGACAACUGCACUUCAUCACACCCACGCACCUUCGAUGUGUUUGUAUUAGUACAUGGCAUCUGUUAUUCGGUCAAUUUGAAUUACUGUUAUACAUACCUUCGUUAAACUUUUUAUUUCUGAACUAUGUUCCCAUGUGCUGUCAUCAAUAUUUCCUAAUAAAACCAAUGUGUCGUUUCAAUUUCA